AUGGCCGACUUUGUCAAGCUUUCCAUCUUUGGUACCGUCUUCGAGGUCACCACCCGAUAUGUCGACUUGCAACCCGUCGGCAUGGGUGCUUUCGGUCUCGUCUGUUCCGCAAACGACCAGCUCACCAGCACCUCCGUCGCCAUCAAGAAGAUCAUGAAGCCCUUCUCCACACCCGUUCUCUCCAAGCGUACCUACCGAGAGCUCAAGCUCCUCAAGCACAUCCGUCACGAGAACAUCAUCAGCCUGAGCGACAUCUUCAUCUCGCCUCUCGAGGAUAUCUACUUUGUCACGGAGCUCCUCGGUACCGAUCUGCACCGCCUUCUCACUAGCCGACCGCUCGAGAAGCAGUUCAUCCAGUACUUCUUGUACCAAAUCCUCCGAGGUCUCAAAUACGUCCACUCGGCAGGCGUCGUCCACCGUGACUUGAAGCCCAGCAACAUCCUCGUCAACGAAAACUGCGAUUUGAAGAUCUGCGACUUUGGUCUCGCCCGUAUUCAGGACCCACAGAUGACCGGAUACGUCAGCACAAGAUACUACCGAGCUCCCGAGAUCAUGCUCACCUGGCAAAAGUACGACGUGGCCGUCGAUGUCUGGAGUGCAGGAUGCAUCUUUGCCGAGAUGCUCGAGGGCAAGCCGCUCUUCCCCGGCAAGGACCACGUCAACCAGUUUUCCAUCAUCACCGAGCUGCUUGGCACACCACCAGACGAGGUCAUCAAGACCAUCUGCUCCGAAAACACGCUCCGAUUCGUUCAGUCGUUGCCCAAGCGAGAGCGCGUUCCUUUCUCGCAAAAAUUCAAGAAUGCCGAUCCCAUGGCAUUGGAUCUGCUCGAAAAGAUGCUCGUCUUUGACCCCAGGACACGAAUCAGCGCUGCCGAGGCGCUCGCACAUCCCUACCUCGCUCCGUAUCACGACCCGACCGACGAGCCCGAGGCGGAGGAGGCAUUCGACUGGUCGUUCAAUGAUGCCGAUCUGCCCGUCGACACGUGGAAGGUCAUGAUGUACUCGGAGAUCCUCGACUUCCACAACAUUGACAACUCGGGUCAAGAGGCCGAGGGUCCCGUCCCGCCCGUCGCCAACUAA